CACGUGAUCACCGCUAUAUAGGCAUUUUCCCCCUGCUCCUUCUUAUACGAUGCCCUCUCUCCACCAAAUAAAGGGCAGAUAAGCAGCAGAGACGGCUGAGGGAAGAUGAGAUCGUUCAUGAAGUCCCACAGAAGAGGCUCCUCGAGCCAAUUGGACAGCGAGUCGCUUGGUGGAGUGCUGGAGGAGAAGGUGACCAAUGGCUCCACGCACUCGUCACCUAUAAAGAGCAUACCGACGUCUCCUGGUGGUAGCAGGGGGAAUAAGUUGCAGAGGCUGUUCCUCCGGGGGAAGUCGUCGAGCUCGAACAUCCAGGGGAUGCUUGCGAGCUCGUCAGCAGCCAACAAGCCGUCGAUGUCGAUGUCGAUGUCGAGCUCACCACCGUUGAUGAUAGUGGGGACGAGGACGCAUGAGUGGGGCACUGAUGGCAGAACAAACAGGAUCAGUUUCAAUAGUGAACGCUCGUCUGGUUCAUGCAGCUCUCCAGAGGGUCUGACGCUGCUGGAGGAGGAGCCCUGUGAGCUUGGUGGUGCGCACGUUGUAGGCGAUGCUGGUGACGGUCCUGGUGACGAUGCUGGUGACGAUGCUGGUGUCGAUGCUGGCGAUGAAGGCGUUGGUGAUGACACGAUUGAACUGCCUCUGAACACAGUGCUGGAGAUCCCAGAGAUGCUCUCUCCUAGGAGAAAUAAGGGCAAGAACUCGAAGAAGAACAGGCAUAGAAUGGCGCAGAUCGUUAGCAAAGACGAGAACGAUAACGAUGACGAUGCCGACCAUCAGCCAAAGACCCUUGCACCUGCCUUUGACCUCAACGUGGGGUCCUUGAAGAUUGACGACAUCGAUGCGAGCGACCAGAGCUCGCAAUUCUCGUUCGACACAGGCGAAGCUGCUCGAAACAACAGCGUGAGGUACUACAAGGAUCCAAAGGAGGUGACUGAGAAGCUUGUGGUGAGACAAGAAGGGUUCUACGUUAAUGAUUUUAUGGAAGAUGAUGAUUUUGAUGAUGACUUGAACUAUUUCGAUGAGGAUGACAUGUACAACGAUGAUGAGGAGUUGUUCAACAAGAAAUACUUUUCAGAUGACGAGGAGGAAUUCCAAAGACCAGCGUUGAAGUCUACGAGGUCUGUAAAGUAUCAUCAAGUUCCUGUAGGGAUUGAACAAGAGUUCAAGACGAACAGAUACUCAUGGAUGUCCGAUGAUGAAACACCAAAGGGAAAUUACAACGAUUCCUACGACUCUCUAUUGGAUGAGAUCAAUGGGGUUCCAGACGACUAUGACUAUGAAAAGCCAGUAAGGCCAAUUGGCACAAGGUCCAAAUCGUUGAACAGUGCAAUCAAAAGGAGUAACAUGGUCACUGUCGAAGAGCCUCAAAAUACCAAGUUUGAAAUUGGCCAAAGGACAGUGACAUUGUUCAGAAGAUCACGAUCAACAGGAGCUGUUCCUACAAAUGAGCACCAACAGCAUCAGCACCAGCAGCAGCAGCAUCAACAGCAUCAACAGCAUCAACAGCAUCAACAACAGUUUGCAUAUCUCACUCCAAACAAUUCAUUCACAAUACCUACACCCGGGUUUAUGCAUUCGAAUGAUGUGGAACUAUCACCAAUAUCUGAGGCAUCGUAUGUGGAGGAGUAGUUAAUACGUCAUGUUCUCAUAUUAUAU